AUGACGACAUUGUUGGAAGCACUUCGCCAGACCAGUCGGGUUGACUGCGAUACUCUCGAUUCGAAUGGUAAGCAAGCUCACCAUGCCGAUGUCUCCAGUAGUGCUGACCUUCAGGCAAUCGCAUUCUCGGAGAUCUCAAGACCGCUUGCUGGUGAACCCCUUUUGCAUCACGAUGCGCUGAUUAAAGAGGCCAUUCAAAGUGCCCGUGGGGCACUGAAGGAAGUGCAAGGAUCCGCGACGUUUGAGGAGUUUGUUGUACAGAUCUUGGUAUGA